UCUCUCCUAAGCAAAAUGCACAUUAAAAACUCCAUGUGCCCUGUGCUUGGUAAAGCUGUGCUACUUGGAUGCCCUCUGAGGCUUGCCCGUGCGGUGGCACAGUGCAUCAGUGUCGAGGCUCAUGGAGAGGAAAUUCGGAAUGAGUCCCAUGACUAUCCUCAUAGAGUGGCAAAGUUUCCAGAAAACAGAAAUCGAAACAGAUACAGAGAUGUGAGCCCAUAUGACCACAGCCGUGUUAAACUGCAAAAUACUGAAAAUGAUUAUAUAAAUGCCAGCUUAGUUGACAUGGAAGAGGUGCAAAGGAGUUAUGUCUUAACACAGGGUCCCCUUCCUAAUACCUGUUGUCAUUUCUGGCUCAUGGUUUGGCAGCAAAAGUCCAAAGCAGUUGUCAUGCUAAAUCGAGUUGUGGAGAAAGAAUCGGUUAAAUGUGCACAGUACUGGCCAACAGAUGACAGAGAGAUGGUGUUUAAAGAAACAGGAUUCAGAGUAAAGCUCUUGUCAGAAGAUGUGAAGUCAUACUAUACAGUACAUCUACUACAAUUAGAAAAUAUCAGUAGUGAUGAAACCAGAACAAUAUCUCACUUUCAUUAUACUACCUGGCCAGAUUUUGGAGUCCCUGAAUCACCAGCUUCGUUUCUCAAUUUCUUGUUUAAAGUGAGAGAAUCUGGCUCCUUAGACCCUGACCAUGGGCCUGUGAUCGUCCACUGCAGUGCAGGCAUUGGGCGCUCCGGCACUUUCUCUCUGGUGGACACCUGUCUUGUAAUGAUGGAAAAAGGAGAUGAUAUUAACAUUAAACAAGUGUUACUGAACAUGCGAAAAUAUCGAAUGGGACUGAUUCAGACUCCGGAUCAACUCAGAUUCUCUUACAUGGCCAUAAUAGAAGGAGCGAAAUGUAUAAAGGGAGAUUCAAAUAUUCAGAAACGGUGGAAAGAGCUCUCUAAGGAAGACUUAUCUCCUGCUUUGGAUCAUUCACCAAACAGAGUCAUGACUGAGAAGUACAAUGGGAACAGAAUAGGUCCUGAGGAGGAGCAGCUGCCUGGGGACAGGUGUAUGGGGCUGUCCUCCAAGACGCAGGACCCCGUGGAGGGGAGCAAUGAAAGUGUUGUACGGAAACGCAUUCGAGAGGACAGAAAGGCCACCACGGCGCAGAAGGUGCAGCAGAUGAAACAGAGGCUAAAUGAGACUGAACGAAAAAGAAAAAGGUGGUUAUAUUGGCAACCUAUUCUCACUAAGGUCGGGGUUAUGUCAGUCGUUGUGGUUGGCGCUUUGGUUAGCUGGACACUGUUCUUUCAGCAGUAUGUCCUGUAAGUAAGCCUUGCAGCCCGCAUGUUUCCGCACUAGCGGCUGGCCGCACUGCGCUAAUCACUGGGGUUCUUCUCUUAGCAGCAGACGCUGACCCCAGACCCACAUGGUGCGGUCAGCUCGACCUCACCAGACAGCCCAACACCUCAGGACUCGCCACUACAGGUUCCUCUGAAAGCCAAACUGUAAAUCGCUGUCUCAAAUAAAGACAUUCGUGUUUGUUAAAAACUGGUGCACUGCGCAGCUGUGUUCACACAUGUCCAGCGUGGUAUCUCACCUGACCAACAUUGAGAAAUCCUUUAUUGUAAGGAUUCGCUUUUGAACGCUAUCUGGAUCUUAACCUGCAUUUGAUAUAAGCAAUAAAUAUUGUGGUUUUACCUAUGUUAUUAAUGGAAAGAAGAUGACCGUUAAAUAAUGUGUUUAAUGUAUAAUGUACUGUUGACGUGGGCAUCAAGACUUUAUACACUUAACCGUUUCAGGGUAAAUAUAUUUUAUAAGUACCUAUUUAAUCUUACUUUUGUAGUUAAAUGUACUUUUUAAAAGCUCAGUUUAAAAAUAUGUUACCAUAAGAAAAUAAAUUGUAUGUUGAUUCAAUUGUACUGGGUACAUUUUCCCUUUUCCUAGAGAAGUUUGGUAUGAGCAAUUAUAACUCUGAAUAAGCAAUUUCUACUACACAUUUGGAUUUCCUGUAUGUUUUACAGUUUUCCCUGUUUUUAAAAGAAAAAGAAACAAAUUUUUCCUAGAAAUACCUUUGAAGGGAAAUUCUCUUGGCUGAGAAAGGUAACAGUCGGUGAUGACUUUGUAAAGACAUUGGUUUCUGUAAAGCACAUGAUGAAUGUGCUUAGUUUUGGAGAGAGUUCUGAUGUAACCAUCUAUAACUGAAAUAAGUUGCGAUUUAGGAAGUGAAGGGCAGCGUUUUAUGAUCUGUGAUUUCAGUUCACCAGACUGGAGUUCUGAAGUGAAAAAUUUCAAGUUCUUUCUACUUCAAUAAAUAGUAUGAUGAUGUGUGAACUUUA